AACAAAAGGAAAUGCACUAUCGGUGUGAGCUGCCAGUUUCAGCCCUGAACCUUGGAGAGCAGCACACCUUUAAGCACCUGGGCUGAUUAGCUAACGCAACUCAGGUGUGUGGCCUAACAUGCAAAGCUGUUUCUGUAAACUGGAUGAAUUCUCUUCUUCCUGACAACAAAUCUUGGAUCAACAGGAAAUUACAGAAGAAUAUGUGCAAAUUACUGCUCCAAGCUGCAAUAUUGGCCAUACAUUUGCCAGUCACCUGUGCUACAGGACAAUGCAGCUGCAAUGUGUAUAACCACGAUGAUAAGGAAGAAGCAUUCUGUACCUCAAAUGAAGAAUGUGGAUUUGAGAAAGAUUUUCCCAAAGGAAUAUGUAUAAUUACAAAAACAUCAGAUUCACAGAAAACCACCCCAAGGCCAAACACGAGUACUUCACAGGCCUCAAGAGACGACACUAAUAAAGAGAAACUCAAACAGGGCAACGACUCCGUUACAAACAACACGGAUGACAGGCCGACGAACAGCGGAGCUUCCACAGGAGAAGGCGCUAUAACCGGCAUUGUACUUGGAGUUCUUGCCAUAGUAGCCCUGGUGGUCACUGUAAUUUAUUGUUGUACAAAAAGACCAUCGCGUCCUGGAGGUCAACACAGCAGGGCACAGUCUGAUGGGUCGGAGCUCUCCCUUCGACUCUUAUCCCCCCUCACCACCCCCACCAUGCUGCUCCCGCCCACUGGCGCCGUGGAAACAGCCCAGCCAAUCAGGACCAUGGCCAUCAUUAGUGAGCAGGAGGGCCAUGGGACGGAGCUUGGGGCGGAGCCGGGGGAGGAGAUGGGAGAGGAGGUGGGCGUGGGCCAGCUGGAGAAGCUGGAUGGGGCUGAGUCACGCAGCCGCAGCAGUUCGGUCACCUCGUGGGACAGCGCCCUGGGCCUGCCCCCCCCCAGCGAGCCGUCUGACCUGUCCUCCUCCCGAUACAGCACCCUCACCCUCGACGAGCUGCAGCAGGGGGAAGUCUGACGUAAUGCAGAGCGGAACCUUUAACUGGGACCAUUGCUUUUCCUCCUUUCCCCAGAACCAUAUGGAGGCGAAGACAUUCCCCUCCGAUGACGAUCGCCACGCUCAACAGGUAUCUACUCCAAAGGCAUGGCAUACU